AUCCACUCCAUUCUGAACAGAACGAGCCGGCCGUGCUCAUAUGUGUUACCCACAAAAAUAUAUAAAAUUCGCAGCUUUGCACAAUUUCAAUACUAUAUAAAAUUCGAAAUUUGACAGUUUCAAUAAGCUGCAUGCGCUUUUGCGUAUCGAACCGGUAACAAAACCAACCUCAAAAUAAGAACAUAUCGUACAUACAAAUAUUCCCUUACUCAAUAAAAUUCGCAAUUUUUCUGCACACUGUUUCAAUACAAUAUAAAAUUGCCAACAUUUCUGCACACAAUUUGCAUCUAUUUGCUUUUACAAUCCACUCCUCUGUGACACAACUCAUCUCCACGUGCUCUUUUCGUUUCUCAAAUAUUUCGCAAAUUUUAAAUAAAAUUCGCAAACUUUCUGCCCCUACCAUGGAACUCGCCACUUACCUCUCCAUCCUCCUCUUUCUCGCCAUAUUCCUCAUCUCUUACGUAAUCUACUCCCUCAUUUCCGAAAUCCUCUUCUUCCGCUCUAAAAAAAUCCUCCACCUGGGAAACUCCUACCUCACCGCGUUCUACUACAUGACCUUCAAAUCCAAGUCCAUGUGGGAACUCGUCCACGUGGCCUACACAAAAACCCGCCAGGCCAACGUUCCCAUCGCCGGAAACUUCGAGAUGGGCCUCGUCAACUACUUCAUCCCCGAUUUGACCAUCUUGAAACACAUUUUGGUCAAGGAUUUCGACCAUUUCGUCAACCGACGAGCGAUCACGAUCCCAAAAAGUGACCUUCUAACGAAGAAGAUGCUCUUCUUUAUGUACGACGAACCCUGGAAGGCGCUCCGGUCGAAGUUAUCCCCGACCUUUACGACGGGCAAGAUUAAGCGGUUUUUUGCCCUGUUUAACGCCUCGGCGAAAAAGUUGGUGGAUUAUAUCGACGCCCAAACUGAAGGGGAAGUCGAUUUGGUCGCGGCAUAUUCAAAAUUCACGACGGAUACGAUCGCGUCCGCCGUUUGUGGCAUGGAUUCGUGCGCUUUUGAGCAAAAGGAGCAUUCGGUUUUUGAACGGAUGGGACAAAAGUUACAGUUCAGCUUUAAUCUCGGCAUGAUUACGAGGUUUGUGGUAAUGUCGUGCUUUCCCGGGAUUGCGGAACGCGGGAUGACGAUUUUUGGGGAUGAGGUGUCCGCCUUUUUUGGCGGGGGGAUUAAAUCGUUGAUUAGGGAGAGGACUCAGACGGGGCGGAAGGGGAACGAUUUCAUCCAGUUGAUGAUGGAGGCGAGGGAAAAUAAGUUGGCGAAGACGGAGGACAGUGAGUUGGAAAGUUUCGAGAGGGAUGCCGUGAUUAAGGGCGAGGUCAAAGGUCAAGUAGCCGACCUGUUAGAUGACGACGGGAUCGUGUCGAAUUGCGUGUUGUUCAUCGUCGCGGGGUACGACACGACGCAGUCGCUGUUGCUCUUUUGCGCCUAUGCGUUGGCGAUUCAUCCCGAAAUUCAGGACAAGUUGAGGACCGUGGUGGACGAGGGGUUGGAGGAAAGUGGGGGCGAUUUUACGUAUGAAGGGAUCAAUCAGAUGACCUAUUUGGACAUGGUGAUCAAUGAAACGCUGCGAUUCUACCCACCUGCACCGACCAUGGAUCGCCGUUGUACACAGGACUACGCCGUCCCCGGGACGGAUGUCGUGAUCAAGAAGGGCGACGGGAUCAUGGUCCCGGUGCUGGGCAUUCAUCACGACGAGCGGUACUAUUCCGAACCCGAAAAAUUUGACCCGGAACGAUUUUCACCCGAAAAUAAGGGAAAAAUUAACCAGUACGCUUUCCUCCCGUUUGGACAAGGACCACGGAAUUGCAUUGGGAUGCGCUUUGCAUUGAUGGAAGUGAAGCUAGCGAUUGCCCAACUGGUUCACAAUUUUGAUAUCGAGCCCUCCAAAAGGACGCCGAUUCCGAUGGAAUAUCAAAAUGCGGGGUCUCUCAUGCCCAAGGGCGGCAUGUGGCUGAGCCUCAAACGAAGACCUGGCACACUUCAGGAUUAGACAAUAAAUUGCGCACAAGUGACAAGUAUUUAGUUUCUGAAGAAAAUAUUUUGUAAAAAAAUACCAAAAAUUGUGAACUCAUUUUUGAUAUAUUUUGAAAUAGCUAAGCUAAAACAUAUACACAAAAACUGAGGAGGACAACCCUUCACCGACAGAAUCACCGAUCUUAACGCCCUUUGGAUAUGUUGUAGUCCUAGGUGAGUCUAGCAAAAGUGAAGAAGGAUUUCAU